CUAUCGCUAAUUAACCCCCCAGUUAGCGACUUGUGAAUCACGUGAUCAAAUUAAAUGCCUCCUAUUGGUUACAGAACUUAAAGAGCUUUGCAAAAAAAAAAAAACACCAAAAAAACAAACGGGGAAUAUUUUUCAAAAUUCUACAACAUUCUGCGAUAUAAAGUUUGAUUUGAAUGUGAAGUUACAAUACAUUAACUCAGCUUCAACUGAAAAGUUAAAUUUACUCUCAACUUCCAAAAGGCGGAAGUAAGGAGCUCGAGCGGGUAAACGCUCAGUGCACGUGCACGUACCGGUUAUAAUUUUCAGCAUCCAGAAGGACUGUGUUUAGUUCAGGAUGAAUUAUUAAUUGUUAUAAACUCAUUAAUUAAAACUAAAAGCAUUUAUCUAACAUAAAGCGUCAGCGUGCAGAGCUGCGCUCCCUGUGUGAGUGAGUGUGUGUGUGUGUGUGUAGAGGGAGAUUUUGAUUUGGAGCGCGAGCCACCUUAUUGAACUGUAACCGUUCGAUGUGACGUGACGCGCGUGACGUCAUUCGGGGCAUCGCGGCGACACGAGCUGUCCCAUAGACCCCCCCCCUUCACUCCCCCCUUCACUCCCCCCUUUAUCAACCCCGGGGAGACAACCGUUCCUUGGUGACUGGUUGCUAUAGAAAUGCUGGUUUUUCGGCGACAGAAUUAGAGACCGGGAGGACGCGCGGAGAGAGAGAGAGAGAGAGAGAGACAGACAGAGGACGAUAACUGAACGGCGACGUGGCAUGUCUGUUGUGAGGAGCGGUCUGGUCUCGUGCAGCCGGUUCGCACAUGGAAAAGCUGCUGUUCCUCUGCGGCGCGAGCGGCGAGCCGGCCACUGUGGUAAAUGUUGAUGAUCCUGUCACCAUGUUGCCCAAAUCCAGAAGAGCUCUCACAAUUCAGGAGAUCGCAGCACUUGCCAGAUCCUCGCUUCACGGUAUCUCUCAGGUGGUGAAGGAUCACGUGACGAAGCCGACAGCAAUGGCGCAGGGACGCGUUGCUCAUCUGAUCGAGUGGAAAGGAUGGUGCAAACCCACAGACGCUCCCAACGCCCUCGAGUCCGACUUUAACUCCUACUCAGAUCUGUCCGAGGGCGAGCAGGAGGCCCGCUUCGCUGCUGGUGUGGCGGAACAGUUUGCCAUUGCUGAGGCAAAACUUCGCGCCUGGUCUUCAGUAGACGGAGACGAGUCGAACGACGAUUCAUACGACGAGGAUUUUCUGUCUGCUAACGAGCCCACCACACAAAGUACAGAUCUCUCUUCGUACCCUCAUUACCUGCGCGACCUCAUACACACUCGAGUCUGCGAGGCUCGGCUGCGUGAGGCUGAAAGCGGCGUCGCCGUCGACCUUUCACCUCCGGCGGGGUUGCCAGGGUCACCGCCGGACACACUGGGGUCCAGCACGUGCAGCCUGGACGAGACACACCCACUGCUGCGUGACCUCGGUCGCUGUGGCGAUGACCUCACUGCUAAGAUCCUGGGCGCUCUGCACAGCAGGGAGGACCUCUUACUUUUGGCACACCUCCAGCGGGCAGGGCAAAGGCGGGGCCAUUCAUUCUCUGAGACGUUUGAGGACGACGAUGCACCUUGCAAAGACUGCAGGGGCGGGGCUUGGUGCACGCCAGAAUAUUCUGCACGGAGGAAAGUUUCAGACGUCGCAUCAUCCGGCGUGGUGUCGCUCGAUGAGGAAGACGAAGAAGAGGCAGAUGAAGACGCAGAGGAGGAAGAGGAAGACAGAGAGCAAUGAGCGUCCGCCAGGCUGUUUUGGUCACACCCCAGUUUCUGUUUGGAAUGUUUGAUUCGGCAUGUUUGUUUUAGACUCCGCCCCUCGCAUUUGCAUACACACAGUUGUCUGUUGUGGACUAUAUAUAUAUUUUUUUUUUUACAGCGUCUCAACAAUCUUUUCUGCAGCACGGUGGAGAGGAAGAUGAUGAACUUGAACUGGAGAUCACGCCUUUAAAAACAUUUACAAGAAAAUGAUGUUAAAAACGAACGUGACAAAAAUGGCGUUAAAAAAAAGAGGAACGAAAGACUGAAAAUUCUCUUCUGCAUGUGUCGCAAGUUGAAUGCUCGAGCGCUCGGGUUUGCACCGUCCAGUCCCUUUUUGCACGGAUUUGUGAAUUUUGGCUGUCCUGUUUAGCUCCGCCCCUUUUCUCAAGAUCACAGGCCCCAUUGCAUUCUGGGUCCUGGUUGCGCAUCCUUUGGGCAUGGCUGCUUGCUACAGAAACUCUUAACAUAAUCUGCCAAACUGACCGCCGUCACAAUCAGCGCCGAGAAAAUGCUGGAAUGUUGAAUGUUUGUACCGUGACGGGAAAAUGUAUUUCAAAACCAAGCAUAAAAAAAAAAAGAUUGAUUUUUUUUUCUGGACUAGUUUUGUAAUCACUCGUUAUUAUUAUUAUUAUUAUUAUUAUUAUUGUGUCACAGUAUUUUGUUUGCUUUUUUUUGUCAUAAAAAUCUACAUGUGAUGUGAAGAACAGAAAAGUGUUGUAUCCACCCGAGGAUUUGUGUCGAGGACGUUUCAGGGUUUGUGGGAAAGUCGUUCUAUUUUUGUACAUGUGAUUUUUCGCGGCGUGUCCGUGAGCGUGUGAUGCGUCAGAAACACUCUUCUCUCUUUCUUUAUGACAGAAAAAAAACUCAACACAUUUCUUUAAUUGUGUCCUUCAGCUUUAUUUCUUUUGAGAGGAACGAUGUGACCGUGCUCGAUGUGCCCUCUCUGAGAAACCUCUCAUUUUUCUCUUUAUCCUCCAUAAAUGUCAAGCACUGUCUGUCUGUCUCUCUCUCUCUCUCUCUCUCUCUCUCUCCCUCUCUCUCACAUACACACACACACACACGUUCAGUGGCUAAUUUUGUUUGCUGACGGUCGUGCUUUGGUUACCAUGACGAUCCACGGUUCCCUCAGACUACGUUACCAGGGUUGUCAGUCUGGCUGUUUGUGAAACUUUGAUUGGCUCUGACGGAUGGGUGAAAUCCCGCCCACCUGUUCACCUGUCGCUUUAAAAAUGACAGGGAAGUUUGUAUGCAUGUUGGACACUAACCCCACCUGUGUGUAUGUGUGUGUGUGUGUGUGUGUGUGUGUGUGUGUGUGUGUGUGUGUAUGUAGGUGUUUGUGUGGCUAGCUACUAGAACACACUGUCAUUCAUAGGUUUCAGAUUUCUCCACAGAUUCAAUGUUUAUGGUUCAGUGCAAAAGUUUGUGCACCCUUUGAACAAAGAAGGAAAAUUGAAUACAGAUUUUCCAGCGUCUUCUGCACCUGCAUCCAAACUGUUUUUGUGUGUUGGACAUACCCACAUUAUGGUUCUUUGUAGAUAAAUCAAUAGAAAUAUUACUUUAUAGAAGACUUUUCCCCUCAUUCAAACUCAAUAAACAAUGUGGGGGUGCACAAACUUUUGCAACCAACACUGUUGUACAAUAAUGAGACCGUUCUUUGGAGUGCAGUAUUGUUCAUGCUCACUACUGUAAUACUGUGAACAUGUAUUUAGCUCUUUGUGGGGACUGAAUUGUCAGCCAUGAUGAUAACACAUGCUGUUUUUGACAGUGGUUAGACCCCAUAAGAAAAGAGUUUUUUUAUACAAGAUACACACUCCACACCUAUAAUAAGACCUAUGAAACUAUACUGUCUGUGUGUGUGUGUGUGUGUGUGUGUGUGUGUGUGUGUGUGUGUGUUGGGUAUCGCGCAGGGCUUUUUGGCACCUCAGGGGAUUUUACCACAUCGUGCCUUUAAUGCCAAGCGUGCCAUCGACUAUACGUCAGUUUCAUUAACGCCACAGUUUAUAAGAUAAUGUUGGUGAUUAGUAUAUUACUUUUUAAAGCUUUUCUCUCCAUCUAUCUGUCUGUCUUUCUUUUCUGUCUCUCUGUUCUACCUAAAAGUCUUUUGUGCAUCGCUCUCUAUCCCUCUCUCUGUCUCUCCCUCCCACUGAUGUUUCUCUCUCCUUCUUUCUCUCUGUCUGUGUCUAUCUCUGUUUAUCUGUCUCUUUCCUUUCUUUCUCUGUUUAUCUUUGUCUCUUUGUUAAUCUCUCCUUCAGUGUUUCUGUUCUUUCUGUCUAUCUGACUUUCUUCACUUUAUCAGAAUUUUAUAGAAUUUUAUUUCUGCCUAUCUGUCUCUCUCACCCUUUCAGUCUCUCAUACUGUCUUCCUCUCAGUUUCUCUCACUCUUUCUUUUCACCUUAUCAGAAUUUUACAGUUUUGUGGGUGGAGCUUCGGCUCAUCACCAAGCUCUUUUGUUAUUGGUGGUCUGUGCUGCCUGUCAUAGUGAUUGACUCGGUUUUUGGCAGUUACACCACAUCACGAGUGGCCUCAUUACACACAACUGGGUCGACAUUGAGCGUGCAUGUCUGUGUUUGUGUGUGUGUGUGUGUGUGUGUGUGAUGGUGGAGUUGUGUCCAAAAUGUCUAUCCAGCAUGAUAGAAAGAGAGAUAAAAGAAUAAAAGAAAGUAGCGUCUCAACACACAGCAGUCUUAACUGUUCACACACACUCUUAAUUAAGACGUUCUGUGAUCGUCUAAGGUCUCAGACACACACACACACACACACACACACACACACAUACACACACACAA